AUGAAUGUUCUUUUGAUGCAGUCAGCGGAGUUGCACAUAUAUACUGAUUUCUUGAGGCUUGUACUAGAAAUUAUAAAUGCAAUUCUGACUUAUGCAUUGCCUCGAAAUCCAGAGGUGGUGUAUGCAAUAAUGCACAAGCAGGAUGUCUUUCAGCCUUUCAAGAACCACCCCCGUUUCAAUGAGCUCAUUGAAAACAUCUAUACUGUGUUAGAUUUUUUUAACAGCCGCAUUGAUGCCCAAAGAAUGGAAGGUGAGUGGUCAGUCGAUGAAGUGCUCCAGGUGGUAAUUGAACACUGUAGGUCUUGGCGCGUUGAUGGGAUGAAGAUGUUUACUCAACUGCACUUCACAUAUGAACAAGAGAGUCACCCAGAGGAGUUUUUCAUCCCAUAUGUCUGGCAACUAGUACUAUCCAGAUGUGGAAUCGAAUUCAAUGCACCAGCUAUAAACUUGUUUCCAGCUGAUCUACCUACCGAAAAACUUGACAAUGAGGAGGUGGGAAAUACAUCCCAUAACAGUGACUUUCACUAG